AUGCCAAAUCAAAGAAUCCCAGAAGUUCAAAUGACUCCAAAUGAAGGAAACAUUUCUAGUCCGUCUUCUAGUAAGACAGUGUCUGUACCAGGCCUACCGACUGUUUCUGGUGCUACAGCUGGUACUAGAGCUGCUACUUCAACUGGUAUUACAAUGAGAAAGAGGAAAAGAACUUCUAUAGUUUGGAAAGAGUUUAUUCAAAUUCCUAAAGAAAAGAAUCCUGAUGGGAGACAGAGGGCAAAAUGUAAGGCUUGUGGGAAUAUAUAUUUGGCUGACUCAGAUAUCAAUGGCACUGGCAGUUUGAGGAGACACCUUAAGAAUUGCACCAAACGUAAAAACAAAGAUGUUGCCCAAAUGAUAUUAAGUGGAGGUGAUGGGAAUCUGACAUGUAAAAGCAAGAAGAUUGAUGCAGAAAUGGUGCGAGAUAUGAUUACCAUGCUUAUUGUUAGAAGAGAACUACCCUUGGUGUUUGUUGAAUAUCAAGAGUUUAGGGAUUUGAUUACCUAUCUUUACCCACAAUUCAGCCCGAUUAGUAGGAAUACCCAAUUGGCUGAUAUCUUGAGGUGGCACAAUAGGGAGAGUAAGAGAAUUAAGGAAUUUUUGAAUUCCUUCAAUGGUAGGAUGUCAUUGACUACUGAUUUGUGGUCCUCCAUCACGACUGACUCUUAUAUUUCUCUCACUUGUCAUUACAUUGACAUAGAAUGGAUAUUGCAUAAGAAAUUACUAAAAUUUUGCAUCAUGCCACCACCACACAUAGGAGUUAACAUAAGUCAAAUUGCAUCAGAGAUGUUAUUGUAUUGGGGGAUUGAGAAGAAACUGUUUUCUAUUACUCUAGAUAAUGCUUCUGCAAAUCUCUCUUUAAUUGAUCACUUGAAAAGAAAUUUGGUGUUGAAGAAGGCUUUAAUGUGUGAUGGUGAUUUUUUUCAUAACCGAUGUUGUGCCCAUAUAUUGAACCUAAUUGUACAAGAUGGUUUAAAGGUAAUUGAUAAUUGUGUACAAUUGGUUCGAUCCAGCGUAGCAUAUGUGAAGGCAUCUCAGGCAAGGAAAGUGAAAUUCCUAGAAUGCUGCAAGCAGGUGGGUUUACCAAAUAAGAAAGGAUUGCAUGGAGAUGUUACCAUGAGGUGGAACUCCACUUAUCACAUGCUUGAUUCUGCUAUAUUCUAUAAGAGUGCAUUUCAUGAACUUCAGUUGGUGGAUAAAAAUUAUAGAGAGUGUCCAAGUAAUGAGGAAUGGUCCAAGGUUGAGCAAUUAAUGCAUUUUUUGAAGCCUUUCAAUGACAUCACAGAGGUGUUAUCUGGGUCCAAGUACCCAACGGCAAAUUUGUAUUUUCAUAACGUAUGGAAUAUACAUAAGUCUUUGUUGGAAGUGAUAGUACAUGGAGAUGACCAUAUGAAGAAGAUGGCACAAGAAAUGAAAAAGAAGUUUGACAAGUAUUGGGACUCAGAUAGCAUUAUUUUAGCUAUUGCAGUUGUAUUUGACCCUCUAUACAAGUUAUCCUUUGUUUCAUGGGCUUUUGAUAAGAUAUAUAAUCUUGACUCUAGAUUAAGGGAGAAAUUUAGACUUGUAAAAACAAGUUUAGAACGACUCUUUGAAGAGCACCGAAGCAUGGAUGUGAUCAUGGAAGAGGGGGCAUUACACUCAGAUGAUAUUGAGACUGAUAUGGUUGGAAAUGCAUCAGACUGGCAGGAGCUAAACGCAUAUGAGAGUAGCAAUAAUACAACAAGAUCAGAUAAAUCUGAAUUAUAUUUGUAUUUGGAAGAGCCAAGGAUCAAAGAUACGACGAAGCAAUAUGAUGUAUUGGCCUAUUGGAAGUCUGCUGGAGGUAGAGUUAUUGACAAAUAUAGAAGUAAGCUACUACCAACAAAUGCUGAAGCACUAAUUUGCCUCCGAGAUUGGAUGUUUGGAGUAGACUUUAGAGCUGAACUGGGUGAUGAUGCCAAUGAUUUGGCUGAUGCUUUAAAAGAUGUGUUGUCCGUGAAUGAGAGUGGUGUAACUAAUGAGGCUCCAGGACCACAGGUAUUGUCAUUCGAUCUUCAAAUGUCAUUUAAUCUUCUAGUUCUUCUAGCUCAAUCUUCAGGUCUCUUCUAG